AUUGGCAUUGUUGAGUAUUUUUUUGUUUAUUGAUAAUUAUUUUAUUGAAGCAUGCAUUCCUUAUGAACUUGUUGAGGCACGUGAAUCAGAAUGUUCUCUAAAAUUAAGUCCAGAAUCAAUGAUUGCACUGGAGAGUAAUGCAUUAGCUGUUGAUGACAGCAUUAAAAAUUAUCGAGUCUGUCUUCUAGAACACUUUGGACUUUUGAGAAAUGGAAAAAUUAAUGAAAUAAAACAAGAUGGAUUUUACGAGAUAUACAUUGAUGACAAAGAACUAUUGGAAGUCGUUAAAGUUUUUGUGGGAGAAUGUAGAACUUAUGCAAAUAAUCGUUUUACUGAUCAGGGUGACAUUGCUGUUACUUUUUACAAUUGCAUUGAGGCAUCAGGUUUUGCAAGAUUUCUCUCAUCCCAAGUUUGUAAACGAUUGAACAAUGAAAAUUAAAAAUGCAAAAAAAUUUUAAAAAUAAUUAUUUUCAUCUUUUUUUUUUUUAAUUUAUAUUAUAGUCUGGAAGUAGUGCAAAAUAUGCAAUAAAAAAAUUUAU